AUGGCGUGGGUGAACCGCACGACGCGAGACAAUUGUCCCGGCGGCCUGCAAGUGAAAGCGAGCACGUCUGCGAGCCUCGGGCCCGGAUGCUACGAAACGUCCCCGACUCGCAAGCUGCGGCCGAAUGCCACGGGCUUCGGCUCCGGGGAGAAGCUCGUGCGCGGCGCCAAUGCUGGCUCCACCAAAGGUCUGACGAUGAUCACACCGGGCCCUGGGUCGUACGCUACGAACAACCAAACGAGCUGGGAUUCCCCCACGAACAGCAAGGCGCCCGCCACGUCGAUCUUCCAGUCCAAGUCUCAGCGACUCGGUGAGGUCAAACUACGUCGCGGCUUCAGCACCCCGGGGCCGGGAGCGUACUCUAAGGAAGACCCGUUCGCGCAGAAGUCAAAGGGACACACGAGCCUCGGCAACCCGCUCGUGAGGACUCCUCCAUCCAACAACAAGAUCAGGUGGACACGACUCCCCACCGCUCCGUCGAUCCCAACUGUAUCACAAAGUUUCGGCUACGAGCAGGGGGCUUACGGCAAAUUAGUUCGCCACGAGCCCGCAAAAGUCGGCCACACUGGUUGUGGGAACGAUACACUGGGGCCAGGCGAGUACGAGCCGAUGAGGGGCAUAAAGAACAUGAACAAGACCCGCACGACCGACUUCUCGAAGGGAAAAGUGACACGAUUCAUCGAAAAUGAAGUGCGAUCCAAAGCAGAGGUCCCUGGCCCAGGCGAAUACAAAAACACCGGAGAUACCACCGUACCGAAAGAUCCUGCGCGGGUGAAUGCGGUGUUCAAGUCCGCUUUGACGCGGGAGCAGGCUGCCCCGAUCGCAGUGACCAAAAAUGUUCCAGGGCCAGGGGCCUACCACCCAAACCAAACGCACGGGUUUCCGACCGAGACGAAACCUGAGCAUCUCCAAUUUUUCGGUAGCACGUCCAAUCGAUUCGAGGGCUCCCAACGUGAUACAUUCGUUCCUGGCCCCGGCGCGUACUAUUACCCGCCAUCAGGCAACACCCAGCAGCCACGCUCAGUUCCUACCAGGAAAAAGGCGCCGUUCAGCUCCAAGAAGGAGCGUUUCGAAGAGCCUAAAGACCGAGAUCAGUGCCUCGCGGCCCCAGGUUCUUAUGAAGUCCCAUCAGCAGUAUCAGAAGUACUGAACAAAGUGACAAGUCGAGUAACCAACUUUGGCAGCACUACAAGACGCUUCGACACUAUUUCAUCGGGCGGUCAAUACGGUCGUGAAAGUCUUGAGUCUCAGCUAGAGCGUGAUAUGAAAGUCCAAGAACCCGAGCGACGGCAACAAGGCCAAACUUCCAAGAAACGGCAACAGCCCAAGGCUUCGUCGAUGUUCGCGUCGUCAACAAGUCGUCCGCACCAGAUUCAAAAGGCUACGGGGCCGUCACCAGGCGACUAUGAGAUCCAACGCUCGUGGAAUGCGUCGGGAGCACAAGGCGCGUUCAAGUCCGGCAUCGACCGAAUGAAGGACAAACCGAGUCCAACCGUGUUCGUUCCGGGGCCGGGGUCGUAUUCGACGCAGCGGUUGGAGCAGAAGCCGCUGCACAAGGCGCGACCAAAUGUGUUCUACGCUGCGGAACCUCGCUUCAAGGACGAGCGACCGAAGGCGCCAGUGCUGGGUCCUGGUCAAUACAACACGGAGACAGUCGAGUCGGACUGGAACCGCCCCACCCACAACAUCUCGAUCGCCACGGAGAUGGAGCUGGCCAUGAUGCAAUAG